CUUGAGGCUGAACUCAAGAACAAACUUUCUGAUGUGAAUUCCUUAACUUUAUCUUUACAACAAACCAAAGAAAUGCUUGACACACUCUCUACCGACUCCAGCUCCCAGGUGCAGACUCUCACUGACAAAGUGCAUGAACUGAAUGAUCAGAUUGAAUGUCAAGCAUCUGAACUAUCCAGCAUGAAAUCCCAGUUGUCAGAAACCAAAGAAUCUUUCGAAAGUUUGCAUGUCAAGCAGCUUCAGACUGAGAAAGAUCUUGCCUCUCUGUACAGCCAGCAUGAUGUUGUGCAGUCUGAAUGUGCUAGUUUAAAUGUUGAGAAUAAUAGCAUGAAAUCCAAUGUCUCCCAGCUAGAAACAGAGCUGCAUGAGAAACAAUCACAAUUUGAAAAGACUCAUGUUUUGUUGUCUGAAACUGUUGAAAAGUGUGAUGUUCUGGAGUCAGAGGUAAGGACUCUAAAAUCUAGUCAUGAUUCUGUUGUGCAUGAAAGAGAAAGGUUGCAUGGUGAAGUUGAAACAUUGACAUUAACUCUGGGUCAGAAGAAUCAAGAGUUUGACAGUGUUGUGAAAUCUCUUUCAGAAGAUAAGGAAAGACUUACAGAAUUGUUGUUUGAGAAAGAGAAAAUGGUCGACAGUCUUUCCAGUGACAUGGAGUCGAAGUCCUUAGAAGUAGGAAAUGAGAUUCAAGUGCUCAGAGAUGAACUUUUGAAAUGGCAGACUGAUUGUGAAAGCAGGGAACAAGAGCUGUGUGACAGAAAUGGGCAGAUUGCAAUACUACAAGAAGAACUUGACGGUCAAACUGUCUCUGGUCACUCAUUGAUGGCCAAGGUGGCAGGACUGAAGGGUGAACUGAGGACUGUUUAUAAACUGCUAGAUGCAUCCAAAGAAAAGUCUUCCAAAGAUAUUGAAAAACUUUCAAGCCAUAGAACUACCAUUGAGGAAGAGCUUCAGAAAUCCCAGGCAAAACUGGAAGAGGACAUGGAAUCAAUAUCUCAUCUUGAGAAAGAACUAAAACAGAAAAACCUCCUAUUUGAAGAGAGAGAUGAGAAAGUUCGAGGUCUAGAAGAGGUUACUGGAGGCCUUGAACAAGAGUUGAACAGAGCUGAUAAGGAACUUAAGGGAAAAGACAAGAAAAUAUCAGAACUGGAAGCUGUGAUUGAAGCAGCAAAAGAUGAUAAGGAGGAUCUGCUGAAGAAGCUAGAUACUGCAGACAUAGCAUCGGGGGAUCUGAAAGUGAGGAUGGAAGAAGACAAAAAGGUAUUAAAUCUGAAGAUUGGAGAACUGGAAUCUAUGCUAGAUGAGAAGCAAACCACCAUCAAAGAUCUUCAGGACGACAUAAGUCAACAGAUUUCCACUAUUUCAACAUUACAGUCAGAAUUUAGGAGCAUCUCACAAGAAAAAGAGAAAUUAGAAAGCACUUUGACUUCAGUCAGUAGUAAGGUUGAGGAGCUGGACCAAGUAUCAGCCACCAGGGGCAGUGAACUGGAGACUCAUAGGAACAAGGUUGAAGAGCUCGAGACCUUUGCUGCUGAGAAGAAUCAGUUGAUCGGCUCCUUGACUGAAAAGCUGAGAAGUCAGACAGAUGAAACGGAAGCUGUACUGUCAAAGAUUGCCUCCUUGGAGGAGACAUUGCAAAUAAUACAGUUAAGGAAUUCAGAUUUAGAAACAUUGGUAAAGGAGAAAACUGAUAUGAUUUCAUCCCUGAAUGAAAGUAUUUCUGAUCUGAAAACAGAACUGCAGGAUAGGUGUAAUGUUAUUGUCGUACUAGAGGGUCAUGUUGUGGAGCUGCAAAGUUCCCUGGAGGAAACUGAAGGGAGUGUGAUGUCUCUAAAUCACAAGAACAAAGGUUUAGUUAAUGAUGUUCAUAGAUUAGAAGCAUAUGUUAGAGCAGAGAGGAACACUGUGGAAGACCUAACAAUGCAGAAACAAGAACUCUCCAAAAAUAUUGAUCUGCUUGACAAGCAGUUACAGGAAGGCCAAGAAGUCAUCAGAGAACUGAAGACAAAGGAACACAAACUGACGCUUCAUCUGGAAGAAAGUAAGGAAAGUUUGAAGAAAGUUUCAACUCAGUUAGAUGUAAGCCAGCAACAACUUUCAGAAGUGCUUGACCUCAACAAAGUAUUAGAACUUCAGAAAGAUCAGCUUCAGACUGACUUAAGCAGUGUCCUCAGCAGCAAAGAAGUUGAAUCAGAGGCCUUGAAUACCGUGAGGAAGCAGUUGUCAUUGGUUGAAGAUGAGAAAGAUGAGUUAAAUACCAGGAUCAAGAGCCUUGAUGAAGCAGUAACUUUAGCUAAACAGGAUAUGGCACAGACCAGUGAGAAAUAUCAACAGACUGUUGAAGAGAAGGAGUUGAAGAUAGAAAGCAUGGUCAAUUCUUUGGAGGAUCUUCAGAAAAUGUUUGAGGAAAAAUGUCAAAAUGUAUCUGAACUGGAGAGUCAGCUUACAACAGCAAAAGAGGAACUUGAGUUGCUCAGAGAAAGAUUCAAAACCAGUAUGGAAGAAAAGGAUGUGAAGUUAGAGAGUUUGUCGAACUCCUUGGACCAGCUUCAGAAUAUGUUGGAGCAAGAGAUGAUGAAGUCAUCCAGACUAGAUAAUGAACUGAAAGAAGCACAACAUGUGAAAGAUACAGAUGCUGAUGCCAUUGAGAAACAUAGCGUCCAGAUAGCUGAGUUAAAGCGUCUCUUGCAAGAUGAAGUCUCCAAUUCCCAGAAACUCCUAGAGAAAGUGCAACAAUUGAAUGAAAGUCAAGAGAAAAUGGCCAUUACCUUAGAGGAAAAAGAACUGAAACUCACCCAGCUCACUGAAAAUAUUGAACAGAUGUCCAAGAACGUUGAUGAAAUUGAGAGAGUGAGAAGUAGGACUCAAAGUGACUAUGACAAUACUAUGCAGGAUCUGCAGUCCACUAUGCAGAAAUUAUCCUCAUCUAUGCAACAGAUAGAGAUCAUGACAAAGGACAAGGGUGACUUAGAAGAAGAGAAACAAGAAUAUGCCUUGCAAUGUUCAAAGCUGUUGGAUCAACUUGAGCAGACCAAAGUUGAUCUAUCUCAGGCACAGCAGGAUUUGAUGUCUAAAUCUUGCACUGUAGAAGAAUCUCAACAGAUUGUGCAGGACUUAAAAGUUCAGUUUACUGAAAAGUGUUCAGAGUUUGAAGAACUCAAGACUACUCAUGCACAGGUUUUGGACCAGCUUCAUGUAUCUAAGGGUUUACUCGCCAAAACCGAGGAAGAAGUUUCCGACCUUAAAGAAGUGAAUGGAAGGAUCAUUGAGGAACUUAUUACAGUUAAGAAGAUUACAAGAGAAAUGGAAGAAGAAUUGGUCACCACAAAGGAGGAACUGGAGAAAAUGUCAAAGAACUUUGCUGUUCAGACUGAUGAACAUGAAGCUAUGACAAAGAAGUUAGAUGAAUCACUGUCAACUGCAAAUGCUUUCUUAAGUGAAAGAGUGGAGCUGCUUGAUGAGUCAGAAAAACAGCUUGAGAAAAUGAAACUGUGUUUUGAAGAGGAGCAGUCCAAGUCCCUGCACUUACAAACAGAGUUAGAGAUGUCGAGUAAAGAACUGUCUGAGAGUCGAGAGGAAAUCAAAGAAGCUAAUGUCCAUUUUACAGACGUGAGUCUGCAGCUUAGUGACAAGAUCUUGGAGGCGGACAGUUUGACAAAAGAAGUCGAGACACAGUCACUGGAACUGAAGAACAUGUCUCAAGAAAAAGAAAGGGUCUCUGCAGAAAUGAUGGCUAUUGAAGAAGCAAACAAAUUGUUAAAACAAGAAGUGUCUGGUUUGAAGGAGGUCAGGCUAGGCUUGGAGAAUGAUGUGCAAAAGCUUGAAAGUACAGUACAAUUACUUGAAUCAGAGCUCACCACACAACGAAAUAACCUUGAAGAAAGUUCUUUAAAGGUUUUUGAACUGGAGAAAGCUGUUGUCAAUACCACUGAUAUGUUAAACUCAUCUGAAGAAGAAAGAGAGAGAAUGAAAAGCAAUUUGGAAGGAUCUGUUUCUGACCGAGACAACAAGAUUAUCCAGCUUACAGAGGAUGUGACAAAUCAGGAAAAGACACUGGAAGUGAAAACAGAACAGAUAGACAAACUAUGUGCAGAAGUGUCAGAGAAGAAUGCAUCAGUACAAAUGUUAAGGGAACGGUGUGAGGAACUGACAGUAGCUUCAUCCUCAGCUCAGAGUGUUGCUGCCAAAGCUGGAUUGAAGAAGAAGCAAGUAUUCAUGGAUCUGCAGGCCACUAUGCAGAAAUUAUCCUCAUCUAUGCAGCAGAUUGAAAUCCUCAUGAAGGAUAAGAAUAGCUUAGAAGAAGAGAAACAAGAAUAUGCCUUGCAAUGUUCAAAGCUGUUGGAUCAACUUGAGCAAACCAAAGUUGAUCUAUCUCAGGCACAGCAGGAUUUGAUGUCUAAAUCUUGCACUGUAGAAGAAUCUCAACAGAUUGUGCAGGACUUAAAAGUUCAGUUUACUGAAAAGUGUUCAGAGUUUGAAGAACUCAAGACUACUCAUGCACAGGUUUUGGACCAGCUUCAUGUAUCUAAGGGUUUACUUGCCAAAACCGAGGAAGAAGUUUCCGACCUUAAAGAAGUGAAUGGAAGGAUCACUGAGGAACUUAUUUCAGUUAAGAAGAUUACAAGAGAAAUGGAAGAAGAAUUGGUCACCACAAAGGAGGAACUGGAGAAAAUGUCAAAGAACUUUGCUGUUCAGACUGAUGAACAUGAAGCUAUGACAAAGAAGUUAGAUGAAUCACUGUCAACUGCAAAUGCUGUCUUAAGUAAAAGAGUGGAGCUGCUUGAUGAGUCAGAAAAACAGCUUGAGAAAAUGAAACUGUGUUUUGAAGAGGAGCAGUCCAAGUCCCUGCACUUACAAACAGAGUUAGAGAUGUCGAGUAAAGAACUGUCUGAGAGUCGAGAGGAAAUCAAAGAAGCUAAUGUCCAUUUUACAGACGUGAGUCUGCAGCUUAGUGACAAGAUCUUGGAGGCGGACAGUUUGACAAAAGAAGUCGAGACACAGUCACUGGAACUGAAGAACAUGUCUCAAGAAAAAGAAAGGGUCUCUGCAGAAAUGAUGGCUAUUGAAGAAGCAAACAAAUUGUUAAAACAAGAAGUGUCUGGUUUGAAGGAGGUCAGGCUAGGCUUGGAGAAUGAUGUGCAAAAGCUUGAAAGUACGGUACAAUUACUUGAAUCAGAGCUCACCACACAACGAAAUAACCUUGAAGAAAGUUCUUUAAAGGUUUUUGAACUGGAGAAAGCUGUUGUCAAUACCACUGAUAUGUUAAACUCAUCUGAAGAAGAAAGAGAGAGAAUGAAAAGCAAUUUGGAAGGAUCUGUUUCUGACCGAGACAACAAGAUUAUCCAGCUUACAGAGGAUGUGACAAAUCAGGAAAAGACACUGGAAGUGAAAACAGAACAGAUAGACAAACUAUGUGCAGAAGUGUCAGAGAAGAAUGCAUCAGUACAAAUGUUAAGGGAACGGUGUGAGGAACUGACAGUAGCUUCAUCCUCAGCUCAGAGUGUUGCUGCCAAAGCUGGAUUGAAGAAGAAGCAAGUAUUCAUGGAUCUGCAGGCCACUAUGCAGAAAUUAUCCUCAUCUAUGCAGCAGAUUGAAAUCCUCAUGAAGGAUAAGAAUAGCUUAGAAGAAGAGAAACAAGAAUAUGCCUUGCAAUGUUCAAAGCUGUUGGAUCAACUUGAGCAAACCAAAGUUGAUCUAUCUCAGGCACAGCAGGAUUUGAUGUCUAAAUCUUGCACUGUAGAAGAAUCUCAACAGAUUGUGCAGGACUUAAAAGUUCAGUUUACUGAAAAGUGUUCAGAGUUUGAAGAACUCAAGACUACUCAUGCACAGGUUUUGGACCAGCUUCAUGUAUCUAAGGGUUUACUUGCCAAAACCGAGGAAGAAGUUUCCGACCUUAAAGAAGUGAAUGGAAGGAUCACUGAGGAACUUAUUUCAGUUAAGAAGAUUACAAGAGAAAUGGAAGAAGAAUUGGUCACCACAAAGGAGGAACUGGAGAAAAUGUCAAAGAACUUUGCUGUUCAGACUGAUGAACAUGAAGCUAUGACAAAGAAGUUAGAUGAAUCACUGUCAACUGCAAAUGCUGUCUUAAGUAAAAGAGUGGAGCUGCUUGAUGAGUCAGAAAAACAGCUUGAGAAAAUGAAACUGUGUUUUGAAGAGGAGCAGUCCAAGUCCCUGCACUUACAAACAGAGUUAGAGAUGUCGAGUAAAGAACUGUCUGAGAGUCGAGAGGAAAUCAAAGAAGCUAAUGUCCAUUUUACAGACGUGAGUCUGCAGCUUAGUGACAAGAUCUUGUUGGCAGACAGUUUGACAAAAGAAGUCGAGACACAGUCACUGGAACUGAAGAACAUGUCUCAAGAAAAAGAAAGGGUCUCUGCAGAAAUGAUGGCUAUUGAAGAAGCAAACAAAUCAUUAAAACAAGAAGUGUCUGGUUUGAAGGAGGUCAGGCUAGGCUUGGAGAAUGAUGUGCAAAAGCUUGAAAGUACGGUACAAUUACUUGAAUCAGAGCUCACCACACAACGAAAUAACCUUGAAGAAAGUUCUUUAAAGGUUUUUGAACUGGAGAAAGCUGUUGUCAAUACCUCUGAGAUGUUAAACUCAUCUGAAGAAGAAAGAGAGAGAAUGAAAAGCAAUUUGGAAGGAUCUGUUUCUGACCGAGACAACAAGAUUAUCCAGCUUACAGAGGAAGUGACAAAUCAGGAAAAGACACUGGAAGUGAAAACAGAACAGAUAGACAAACUAUGUGCAGAAGUGUCAGAGAAGAAUGCAUCAGUACAAAUGUUAAGAGAAGAAUGUGAAGAAUUGAUGGUAGUUUCGUACUCAGCUCAGAGUGUUGCUUCCAAAGCUGGAUUGAAGAAAAAGCAAGUACUCAUGGAUCUUUCACACAAGGAAAUGAUUGUCUGUGAGCUUCAAACACAACUGCAAGAACUUGGUGGAAAGAAGGAAGAAAUAUACUCCAGCUUGAGAAAUAGUGAAGAAGCCUUAAACCUAAAGACCAAUCAGUUUCAGCAGGCAUGUGAACAGUUAAAAGCAACACAGGAGGAAUGUGACAGUUUGAAACUGACUGUUGAAGACAGGGAUGUGAAGAUAUCCACUUUGUCAGAAAAUGUGAAAGAACUAUUGGGUACGUUAGAUGUAAAUACAUGCAAGAUAAUGGAUCUGACUAAAGAAGUAACAGCUUUGAAUGAUACUGUUGGACAAAUGGAACUUGAGAAGGUAAAUCUACUUAAACAACUUGAAGAAUUGCAAAGAACUUUGGCUGAACUAGAGACUCAUUUUGAAACUGUUAAAGAGGAGAAACAGCAGAUAAUGCAGAAUUUAAGUCAGUCUAUGGAUGAGAUGGAAUCUGUCAAUGUUCAAAAGGGAGAAUUCAAGAAUGAACUGAGCAAUCUAAAGCAGAGAUUUGAUGAAACUCAUUCAAAGAUGUCUUCACUCAUGGAGGAACAUUCCCAGGUCACUGUUGCAAAAUCUGAAGCUGAAGACAAAGUGGCUUAUCUUGAAACAGAGAAGGAAAGUUUAUUGAUGGCAAAGCAGGACUUGAUAGAGGAAGUGUCAAGACUGUCAUCAAAACAAAAUGAAAAUGAACAACAAAUAGAUAAUUUAAGCCAUCAGGUAGAGGUGGGGAGACAACAGAUUGAACAACUCAAGGAACAUGUGAAUGUUUCAAUGACCGAAGCUGAAGAAAGAAAGACACAGAUAUCAACACUAUCAUCAGAGUCUCUGUUGGCCAUGACAGAAUUCACCCAGGAGAAGGAGAAGCUUAACAUGACCAUUGUUGAACUCAGGAAGGAUCUGGAGGAGAAAACUGGGGCAGUGGAUGAUCUCACUUCAGAGGUGGACUCUUUGAAGAAUGAAACACAUAACCUGGAGAAAUCCUGCAGUGCACUGAACACAAAGAUACAACAAUAUGAAGAGUCUGAGAGAGGUCUUCAGUCAAAUUUUAAAGACAUGUAUGCACUUGUUGAUCAGAAAGAGGAGGAGAUAUCUGAACUCAGGGUACAACUUCAAUCUGAACAGAAACAGAGGGAGUCUGUUGUUGCACAAUUGCAAGAUGAACUUUCAGCAAGAACAGCAGAGGUCAAUGAGAUGAGCAACAGACUGAGUGUGGAAGAAGAGAAUUCAAAGAGAACUUUAGUGGAAUGUGAUCUGAAGCUGCAACGAGUAAAUGAUGACAAAGAGAAAUCUGAACAUGUCCUUAAUACUGAGGUGGAAAUAACAAAGAAACAGAUUGAAGACUUGUCAGUAGAGCUUAAGGAAAAAUCAGAUGCAGUUCAACUGACGGAAUCGCAGUUGCAGAUGACCUUAGAUCAGUUGUCUGAGUUGGCAGUGUCCAGUGCUAGUCAGAAAGCAUCUUUCCAAAAGCUGAGUGGAAGGCACAGAAACAUGGAAAACCUUUGUUCAUCCCUUAGGAGUUCAAUCGAAGAGAAGGAUGCACUCAUUUCACAACUUGAACUGGACUGGAAGGGAGCUUUGGCAAAUGCUGCAGAGGUAUCAGCUGAGAAUCAGAAGCUGAAAUACAGCCUUGAAGAGCUGAGAGAAAAUGUGAGAGACACAAAAAGUUCUCUUGAAAAGGCCAAUGAAACCACUGACCUAACCAAAUUGGAAGCAAGGCAAAUGGAGUCUGAGAAACAGCACCUUGAAGAGCUAGUGAAGCAGGUGAGAGAAGAAAUGACUGGUAUGGAAAGAAGAAUGUCUCAAUUGAUGGAGACCAUGGAAGAAAAAGAUGUCUUACUAAAUGAGCUGAAGAAGAUGCUACAGGGCUCUCAGGAUCAGAUUGAUUCAAUAUCAGUUGAGUUAGAAAAGGCAAAGUCAGACUUACACGAGAACCAGGAAGAGAAUGGACAUUUAAGUGAAUCCUUGAGAGAUGUCACGAAAGAGAAAGCUGACUUUGCAGAGAAACUCCAAAUUGCUGAUGCAACUAUUGCAGAUAUGGAACAUAAUUUCCAGACAUUACAAAAGGAAAAAUCAUCUGUACAUGAAGAAAGCAGUAAACUACUGGAAGAAAAGAAGAAUGAAAUCCAGAUGGCAAAUGAUACCAUUAGUAAUUUUGAAUCCCAGAAUAGUGACAAGGAUGUCCAAAUUAACAUUCUUUCUACAGAGGCAGAGGAAAUGUUUACAUAUAUGCACUCAUCUGAUGCUGAAUUGUCCAAACUUUUGAGGGAGAAAACUGUGGCUCACAAAGUGUGUUCUGAAAAGGAUGAUUCUUUAAAGAAAAUGGAUGAACAUCUGACAGCUUUAAACAAGGACUUCUUAAGCCUAACAUCUGAGUUGAGUAACUGUCAAGCUACUAUUGAAACAAUGAGUAGUGAAAACUCUUCCCUCGCAGUCUCUUUGGAGGAGAAAUCAGGAUUGGUGAAGUCCUUAUCUUCGAACAUACACAGUCUUUCUGAAGAAUCUGUUGUUAUCAAGCAGCAAAAUGAGACAUUGACCCAAGAAUUGACCAAGAUGGAAUCAGACUUGAAAACCUUAAAAUCUGAAUUGGAAGAUAAACUACAGACUACACAACUGCUGCUCACAGAUUCUCAAGAUAUGUGUCUAAAAUCUGAAGAAGAAAAGAAUGUUAGAGAGAAGGAAAUUAGUGAUCUUCAGACAAAGUGUCACGAUCAAGAUAUUGAAUUGAAAACAGUUCAUGGAAAAUUAACAGAACUCAAGGAGGCGCAUGAUAACACUGAAGAAAAGCUUAACAGACUUGCUAAGGAAAAAGAAGAACAUUUGGAGAAGAUAUCUCAUUUAGAGACUGACCUGCAAUCCACGUGUACAUCUUUGAUGAAUAAAACGGACGAAACCCAGAGUGUGAGUAAAGAACUUAAUGCAAGUUGUAAGAUGUCAGAAUCAUUGUCCUCUGAAGUUGAACAUUUGUCAGGCAUUCUGAAAAGCCUAGAAUCUGAAAAGGAUACCCUGCUGUCUAACCUGGAAGAAUCUCAGGACAAAUUGGCUCAGGCUGUUGAACAAGCAGAGAGACAACAUGUUGCCCAUGUAGAACUGAUUGAGUGUACAAGGCAAGAUAGGGACAGUGAGGGUGUAAAGCUCAUGGGUACAAUUGACCAACUUACAUCCGACUUGAAUCAGCAGAAAGAUGCAUUUGAAUCUUCUUUGAAUUGUAAAGAGGCAGCUUUACAAGACUCAUGCAUACAGGUUCAUAUUCUAGAGAAUGAACUAUCUGAUGUGAGUCAGACAACUUUCAGCCUCAAUUCAGCUUAUGUUGUGGCAGGCUUCAAUACCAGGAAACUUGAAUCAUCUUUGGAAACAGUUUCUUUUGAAAGAGACAAUCUCAGAACAGAACUUCUGUCUGUAUCAAAUUCCCUUGCAGAAGCAAAAACAGACCUCGAGAAUCUGAGACAUGAAAUGAAACAACAGAAGAGUCAUUGGGAGGAUACCUUAUCAGGCAUUAAAGCAUCUUUAUCCAAAGUAACUGAAGAGAGAGACUCAUUUGUGGUUGAUUUGCAAACUAUUCAGCAAACCUUGCAUAAAGUGAAGAUAGAAAAGGAAGAUGUGCAGCAGGUUUUGAGAUCAGCGUCAUCCAGCCAUGACGAAGACAGAAAAAGAAGCAAGUUUCUUACACAACAGGUGGAACAUUUACAUGAAAGUGUAGGGACACUGUCUGCAGAAAAGAACUCUUUAGUAUCAGAUGUGAAGUCUAGAGAUGAGCUUGUGGCUUCACUUCAAGAGCAGAAAACAGAGUUUAUGGCUAAGUUGGAGAAUGAACAAACCGAGGCUGUGACUCUCAGAGAUCAGAUCAACUUGAGUUCUGAAAGGAUUUGUAAACUUCAAGAGGAGUUAGAUGUUAUGUCUGGGAAGUUUGAGGAAGUGAGUAAUAAAAGCAGACAGUUAGUCCAAAGUUUGGAGAAUGUCUCUGAGGAAAAGAGGAAACUAGAGGAACACACAUCAUCACUGUCUCAGCAAAUGCAUGAACUAGUGACAAAAGAGGAGCAACUUACAUCACAGCUUGAUGAUGUACGGAAAUUUUCAUCAGAAAGUAUUGAGACUUUAACUGAUCAAAGAAAUGAACUGGAAACAGUGGUGCAAGCAAAGCAAAUUGAAUCUUCAAGAAUGUCUGAUGAGCUUGGGCAGUUGCAAAUUCAAUUUGAAGAUGUCAGAAGAGAGAAAGAAAUGUUGAAGGUAAACAUGGAACAAGACCUGACAGCACUUACCCAGGAAUUAUUGGAUAAGAGAUCAGCAUUGGAGGAACUGUUCAGGGAACUGAAUGAAAAAAAUACACAGAUUUCAAUAUUCACUCAAGAACUAGAAGACCUUUCAGACAAAUGGUCAUCUUGUGAUGCUGUCAGUAAGAAGAUGUCCAAGAAAAAUCACAUCCUGGUUAGGGAUUUGGAAUUAGUUAAUCAAAAUCUUGUUGAGAGGGAUUUAGAAAUUCAGCAGCUAAAAAUGCAAAUUGAAAUUGUGUCACAGGAGACUGGUCAAACUCUGAAUGAAUCUGUUUCUGUGAGGUUGGAAUUGGAAGAAGCAUUGGCAAAGGAGAAAGAGAGAGUAAAAAAUCAUGAGGAGACAUUGAGAACAUUAUCUGAGAAGGAAGCAAACCUUCUGCAGUGUUUGGAAGCUGAAACUGUCAAAAAAUCUGAGUUGGAUUCAGUUUUGAUAAAGUUGCAAACUGACGUUAAGGAUAGGGAUGUUCAGAUCACCUCUAUGCUUGAAAGUCAAACAGUUCUUCAGGAAACACUUGUUGAACAGGAAUGCCUGUAUACCAAACUUGAAGCAGAUUUGGCUUCGACGAAAAGUCAACUUGCUUGCAAAGUAUCUGAUUUACAGGAUGUGAAACAAAUGUUGUCAAAGAAAGAUGAGGAAAACAUAAAGAACAUUCAACAGUUGGAACAGAAUGCAACCCAACUCAUGACCCUGGAACAAGCUUUCAAGAAGUCACAGGAUGUUGCUCUAGAGAAAGAAAAUAGUAUUUUCCAUCUGGAGAGUAAAAUUGAUCAGCUACAGACUGAGGCAGGAGACAGGAAGGAAUCCACUGUGGACUUGGAACAGAAAAUGGAUAAUACUAAGAAGGUUAUUGAGGUACUAGAGCAAUCAGUAUUAGAUUUGGAAUCUAGGUUGAAAACAUCAGAAAACACUGUUGCUGUCAAAACUGAACAGAUUUCUGUCCUUGAGGGUAAAUUGUCAGAUUUGAGUGAUUCCCUUGCCACCAUGGAUCAUGACAAGAGUAAAUAUGAUGUCAAAUCAAAGGAGACACAGUCAUUACUUGAAGAGCGAGAAACGCUUCUAAUUGCUCAGAAAGAGAUUGUUAAAGAGUUACAAGAAGCUCUCUCAGAACAAGAAACAACAGUUGCUUCGCUGAAGGAGCAAUUAUGUGAACAACAGGAGCUUCUAUCUGACAAAGAUAAUCAAUAUGUGGUCUUGCAAGAACAUGUUGCCAAACUACAGUGUUUGGUUCAGGACAGGAAUGAGAGGAUUGCUGAGCUUGAGCCUGUGGAGCAAAAGUUGUCAGAGUUUGAAAAGGUGUCUGGUGAGACUCUAAGUAGUCUCCAGGCAAUGUGUAAAACUCUUCUCUGCCAUACAAUACUUCCACCCAGUGAGCAGUCAAGAACUAUGGACAUGUUCUUUGAACAGAAGGAUCAACUCCUUCAUGAACUAUCACUAGGCAUCUGCAGCAUCAUGGCUGAAAGGGAGGAGGUUGAGAAGGAGCUUCAUAAGGCGCUGCAGCUGCUUGAUGAGAUCUCUGAUGAUCAGGAGACAACCGAGAACACUUUGCAGGAAUCAAGACAAGAGUGUGGUUCACUGGACAUGGAAAUCAAGGAGCUCUACAACAAGCUGGUUCAUCUUCAACAGAAGGUCACAAUUAGAGAUCAGGAUCUUGGACAGGUUGUGCAAGUGAAGGAGUCUUUACACCGAGAUAUUGAAAGCAUGCAGGCAAGUCUUGAUGCGUCCAUGGAAGAGAGGGAAAGUCUUUCAGUAUUGAACAAAUGUCUUCAGGAGCAACUGGAAACAGUUGAAACGUCACAAAAAGAGGUCUUAGAGGAGAAGGUGAAUGUGGCUACACAGAACAAAGCUCUAGCUGACCAGAUUGCAGAAACUGAAGGCAAACUGCGUGAAACUUUGUAUCAAUGCCAAACAUCAAAUGAGGAAAUCAUCAAGCUAACUGAUAGACUGUUGGUUGCUGAAUCUGAAAUAUCAGAAUUAAAACAAAGAAAUCUUGAGCUUAAUAUGAGUGAAGAAAAGAUCAAACUGGAGCGUGAACAACUGAUAACGGAAGAAAAUCUAGGGCAAAUGGGAGCUGAUAAGUCAAAGGCUGGUGAUAACAGGGAUGUGCAAUUGUCUGUUUUGACAGAGGAGUUGGGCACUUUGUCCACAGAACUGGUUUCCAUUCAGAGUGUUCAUUCCCAAAUGUGCAAUAGCAAAAUGACAUUAGAACAAACUUGUGCCAAACUCGAAGAAUCACUUGUUGAAAAAGACAGACUCCUUUCUGAGAAGGUUGAACAUUUAACAUCAACCACAGAAGAUGAUUCACAACUUAAGGAAGAUCUUCAGAAGAAAUUUGCAGAGACACAGGCAGAGGCUGAUCAGUUGAGUUUGUUGUUGAGUGAGAAAGACCUUUGUGUUACUGAAAAGGAUGAACAGAUUGUGAACAUGAGAGGUGCUUUGGAACAGAUGGAAGGGAGACUGCAGGAGGAGAUUUCUGCCAGGGAGGCUGAAGUUGGUUCUUUGAAGCAUAGCCUUUCUGAAGCAGAGAUGAAGAUGAAAGAGGUGCAAGGACAAAUGGAAUCGAUGUUACAGCAACAGACAACCAGUACAGAAACUAGUCAAUGUUUUGAAGAUGAACUCAAGAGUGCCAAAACAAAUAUGGAAGAACUUGAAGGAUCCUUAAAGAAUGAGAUGCGUCAACACAAUGAGCUUAAAGUUGUACAUGAAAGAGCUACUUCAGAGAUCAGUAUUCUCAAAGGCAGCCUUGAAACCAAGGAUAAGGAAUUCAGGGAAACCUGUAGUAGGUUUGAAGUUGUGCAGAGGCAGUUGCAAGAGAUCGAGAAAACAAUGGUUGGUCCACUGGAAGAUAAGGAUGCCUUGCAGAUAGAGAUUAGUGUUCUCAAGGAUAUUUGCAGUGAGAAGGAUCAGGACAUUAUCAAGCUUCAGACUCAUCACUACGACACUGAGUUCGAAUAUCAGGAAAAAAUUGCAGUGAAAGAUAAAGAAAUGGCUAAAAAUGUCAAAGAAAUUGCUGAUCUGAAAGAAAAAUCCGAGAAGUAUUCAACUCAGUGUGGUACUCUGAAGCUAGAAAUCCAACAGAAAGUCGGAGAGGUUACAGCUUAUUCUAGAAAAUACCAGGAACUUUUGAAUGUUGAAAGUUUAGAUUCCCAGACAGGUAUUUUGAGACAUCAGCUGAAAUCUACUUGUGAUGAAAAUGCUAAACUUUUGGCAAGAGUCCAAGAACAUGAUAGGGUUCUGUAUGAAAGAGAUGUCAGAUAUGAAAAAGUCAGGCAGCAUGUUCUGAAGCUAGAGGAAGACCUCAGUAUUACAAAGAAACAGAGGGCGUAUUACCGUGAACGUCUGAAGAAUUUGAAGUCACAGGUGGGGGACACAGAGUCUGUGACAACAGAGAUGGCAAUGGAUAUAUCAUGGUCGUCAGAUCUGGACAGUUUCAGCGAAGUGUCAGACAGUAUGGAAACUUCAUCUGUUUCUCGCUACUCUUCACAGCGAAGUCUUGGCUUUGAUCCAGCAGUGGAAAGACUUCACUUUGAAAACAAAGAUCUUGUCAGACAGAUCAACUACCUUCAGGAAGACAAAGAAUACAUGGAAAAGGAUCUUUCAUACCAAGUUCAAGACUUGUUGGACGAGAACAGAGAAUUUGACACCGCUAUUAGGUCUCUUCAGACUAAUCUGGAUAGGGAAAAAGAACUUGAAGAACUUGCUAAAAAGGAUGUUGUUAAAUUGCAAAAAUUGCUCAAGAAAAAGGAAGCCAAAGUGACAGUUGCUAAUAAAAAGUUAGCUGAAGCAACAGAGCAGUUGACCCUCCUCAGUCAGAGGCUGAAAGACAUGGACAUGAAGGUUGAGAAUCUGACAGCUGAAAAUAGGAACCUUGAAUCUCAGCUUGGGGACUCUCGUAGACUUGAUGAAAGUUUCACAGAGUUUGAAGCAGGAGAAGGAGCAGAUGAACCUGUGAAAGAAGUGGUGGAAAUGAGGAAGCUUCUGAAAAAGAAAGAAGCAAGAAUCCUAACCCUCAGCAAGAAAGUAAAAGAGGCAACAGAGAAGGUGACAUUAGUCUCUCAUCAACUGAAAGAUGCACAACAGAAAGUGGAAACUCUACACUUUGAAAAUCAGAAGUUGACAGUUCAAGUUGAUGAGCUGCAGAAGAUGGAAUCGCGUGUGUCAUCUCCUGAGAAGGAAGUGGAGGUUACUGAUGAUGCAAAGAAGGUGAAAGAUCUGCAAAGACAGAUGAAGAAGAAGGAUGCCAAAAUUGUAGUCAUGAGCAAGAAAGUAGCAGAAGCUGAUGAAAAUCUCAGAAUAGCCAAUAGCAAACUGUCAGCAGCCGAAGAAAGAACUGAGACAUUAUAUGAAGAAAACCAAAGGUUUGCAGAUCAGUUGUACAAUGCCAUGCCAAAUGUAUCAGGUCAUUCAGAAGUGAUAUCUAGAGAUGCUCACAUUCAGAGUCUUUCACAGCAGCUACAGAGAGCUACAGAUCACAUUGCAAUGCUAAAAGCAGAAAUUGCAAACAGAUCCUCUGUGACAGUCGACCAAACAGAUGGGUCAUCAACUUCACUUCAUUUGGAAGAAGAGAUGAAGAAGCUUGUACAGAAACUUGAUACUGAAACUGCCCGAAGACAACAACUUGAGGCAGAACUUGAAAAUCAAAAAGACACCUUGAUUGAUUUGCAGUUUGAGAAAGAAGAGUACAUGGGGCAGUUAUCAUCCUAUGAAGAUUUAAGUGGUGAGAGUGCUAAUGUUAUCUCAAAAAUAAGAAAAAUGAAACAAGAUAUUGCAAGAAAGUGUCAACAAUUUGAGAAUGUGCACAGGGAAAUGAAAUCUCUGCAGACUCUGCUGGAGGAGAGAGACAUUAACAUUAAUGCUCUGACUGUGAAGUUGGCGAGCACAUCACAAGAACUCCACACCAUCACAGUGAAACUACAAGAUGCUAAUUCAAGCCAUCAAGAAACAUGGAAUAAACUUCAACAAACAGAAAAUCAGUUGUCAACAACAUUAUCUGAAAAGAGUCUUCUUCAGAACCAAAUGAAGUUGAAAUCUUCUUCGGAGAGUCUUUCAGAAGAUGACAAACUUCAACAGAUUCAGACUCUAACACAAGAAGUAAUGCAACUCCAGUCUGACAUAGAAGUUUGGUCUCAAAGCUACCAUGAAGCAGCAACAAGGAGACAGGAACUUGAAACAGACUGGUAUAGACAGCAAGAAGAAAUCUCUACACUCCAAUCAGAGAAAAAUCACAGCAGCAAGAGCUUGACAGACUCCUCAAGUGAACUGAAUGAACUAAAACUACAGCUUCAAGAGAAACAGUCCAAGAUCGUAGAUUUGAUGUCUGUUAAACAGGAUCUUGAAAGUCAGUUGAAUGAGUUGCAUAGAACAGAACAGGUUGAAGAAGAGUCUAAACAAGGGAAAGGAUCUGAUGAUGAUAGAAUUAUCUCACUCAAGCUGCAAAUCUCUAGUCUUGAAGAUCAGCUAUCUGGUGUUAUCGCUGAGAGGGAUCAGUGGAAGGAGUACUCACAGCAAUGGGAAGUGUAUGCAAAUGGCCUGAAAUCUGAGAAAGAACAUCUAGAGAAGCAACUGAUAGAUGUUUCAAGCACUAAAGAGAAGGCCAAUGAGCUUGAAGAAAAGACAGUCCACUCUAAUCAAGGUGAAAAUCUAGAGACUGAAUUUGAUUCCCUGAGAAACAAGAUAACAGAGAUGCAGAGCCAAAUGAAGAAGAAAGAUGCCAAAUUAGUUGUUCUCAAAAAGAAAGCUGUAGAGGUACAGAAAUCUCUUGAUGGUGCCACUGACCAAAUACAACAAAUGGAAGGUGCAAAGGUUGAAAUGGCAAGUCAAAUUGGAGUUCUACAGCAGCAGCUUGACAACAGUCAAAGAAAUGAGGAGACUCUUCUGCAGAAAGUGUCAGACAUUGAUUCUGCCCAUCAGACAUGCUCUCGGGAACUGGAGAAGACCAGACUUCAAGUGGAAUCAUUUAAGGAUGUUGUGGAAGACCUUGAAAUGCAGUUGCAGGAAGCCCGAAUGAAGGAAGACUCACUUCGGGACGAGUUCGAUUCUCUGACAACAUCCUAUGAAAAUAUCCAGAAAGAAUUGGCCUUAAGGAGCUACAGUAGUUCUGAGAAGGACACUCUUUUAUCUCAGUUACAAAAACAACUUGGAGAGACAGAUACUAAAUACCAAGAAGAGAAGAUGCUGAGGAUAAAUGCAGAGAAAGUUUGUUCCGAUAUCGAGUCUGAAUAUGGACAUAUCAACAGUGGUUUAGUUGAAACUGUGACUAAACUGACUAAUGAAACAAAUGUCAUGGAACAAACAAUUGAUGACCUGCAUCAGCAAUUGAAGCUGUCUAUGCAAGAAAAUGAAUAUCUUCAACAGAAUCAUACUGAGAGUAACAAAAUGCUGGAGGCAGAGCGGGAAAAGAUCAUGUCCCUUGAAAAUGCCUUUGAAGAAAAAGAUGUCGCCUUUGUUGAUCAAAAAACUGCUCUGGACAGUUUGACUGAGAAAUUAAAUGCCAGUGAGGCUCUUGGUAAUCAGCUGAAGCAGGAGAAACAAAUGCAAGAUGAACUGGUAAAGGAACAUGAGUCUUUAGUGGAAACUCUGAAAGCUCAGAUUUCUGCUAUUACAGAGGAGCUAGAGAACAACAAACAUGAACAAGAGGAGAAAGCCCAACUCCUGGACGCCCUUCAGCAGCAGGAGACUGCUGUGGAAACACUCAGUUCACAAGACAGAAUGCUCAAAGAGGCCCUGUUGAGUAUUCGAGAUCAGCUGUCUGCCGCAUUCCCUUAUGUGUAUGUUGAAAGAGUUGUGACUGAGGACAAUGUAAGUGAGUGUGUGUCACUUUUCAUUUCCAAGACAUAUGAAUACAUUAACAGUAACACUUACCUGCAACAGCUUUGUGCUCAGAAGGAUGAAUGCAUUCACACAAUGCAGUUAGAAAUGAACAGUUUGAAUGGGAAAAUGGCUUCUUUAGAAUCAAGACACACUGAACUCUCUGAACAAGGGGAUUCAUCCAACACCACUUUGGCUAUAGAUUACUUUAGGGAUGAGAAGUUUGAAGCUGUUACAAGGGAAACAGCUCAACAACUGUCACAGACCAUACCACGCAGGAACCUUGACUUUGAGAUACAGCAAAGGCAAUCUGAUGCAUCAGUCACUUCUAAAUCAGAUUCUGAUGAAGGAAUGCUCGCAUCUUUACAACAGAAGGUGGAGGAACUGGCGCAGACGAUCAUCCAGAAAGAUGAUAAACUGGAGGAAGAAGCUCACACCAUUGCUGUGCUACGGACAUCUCUGUCAGAACUCCAAGAGCAGAUACGGCUGAAAGAUGAGAACCUCACCCAGAGAGAUGCAGAUUUAGGAGAAAGGCAACACACCAUCUUAGAUUUGCAGAGAUGCAUCACUGGCCUUCAAGAACAGCAAGGGAUGAAAGAAGGUGUUCAUCUUGGUCAGAAAGAUGAAGCUCAUAUUCAGGAUACCACUACAAGCCUCCAGGCCACUGUCACACAGCUUCAGCAUGAGUUGAAACUCAAGGAUCAGGAAUACAUCCAGGGUCUUGCCCAGAAGCAAGAAGACUUGUCAAAGGAACAGCAGAUGACAACGUCUCUGCAACAUUCCCUCAGUAGCCUUGAGGAAGAGCUUAGAGAUAAAGAACAAGCUUACGUCCAGAGUCUUGCCCAGAAGGAUGAACACAUUGCCAAGGAACAGCAGAAGACAUCAUCUCUAACAACUUCCCUUUGUAGCCUUGAGGAUGAACUGAAGCUUAAGGAAACACAUCUGGCCACAGUUAACCAAUCUUUGUCAGAACUGAACCAACAGCUGCAGACGUAUGCAGAGGCAGCCACGACACUGCAGGCCCAGCUAGAUGAUGCUGAGGAGCAGAAGGGGCAACUGCAGACCAGAAUCUCAGAACUUGAAUCCCAAUCUACCAGCCAGGGCUCACGGAUGGCUGACCUGGGGACCCAACUGCAGCAGCAAGAAGCUGACUGUCGCGCCUGGCAGACCCAGGUGCAGAGUCUACAGACCCAAAUAGAGCAGAAAGAAGAUGACUGCCGUGCUUGGCAGACAAAGGUCGAGAGUCUACAGGCACAGCUGGAGGCUGCAAGCACAACUGUGGAGCAUCUUCAGAGCAGUUCCUCCGACAAAGAGAAGGAGAUCAUAGAAAGAGCUCAGAGCAUGGAGACAAAGGCGAAUGAGUUAGCAUCCCAGGUUUCCAGUUUGGAGUCGGAGGUGGAUAAUGUCAAAGGGGAUAAUUCUGCGUGGAAGGAAAGGGUUGAAAACCUGCAGUCACAAUUAGAGAUGGCAAACACAGCUGUGGAGCAGCUUCAGAGUAGUUCCUUGGAGAGAGAGAAGGCGGUGGCAGAGAGAACUGAGGCAAUGGAAGCAAAAGGAAGUGAGUUGGAAGGCCAGGUUGCUAGUUUGGUGUCAGAAGUGGAGUUGCUAAAUGGAGACAAUGCUGCCUGGAAAGCUAAGGUAGAAAGUCUGCAUUCUCAGCUUGAGACUUCCAAUGCCACUGUUGAACAGCUGUCUAGUUCAUCCUCAGACAAGGAGCAGCACAUGACUGAAGCCCUCCAGCAGGUGAAUCAACAGUUGCAAGUCAAAGCAGAUGAGAUUGUGAAUCUCCAGGCCAGUUUGGAAAAGUCUCAAAACAUUGUGAAAGAAAUCACUGAGAAGAUUGGCCAGAAAGAUCAAAAGUUGGCAUCACUUUUGGAGAAUCUGCAGGAGAUGGAGGACAGGGUGACACAGCUGUCAAGUGGCGAGGAACAGUCUGCUGCACUCACAGCAGAGAUGGAGAGUGUUAAAACAGAGCUUGAACAGAAAAAGAAGGCUUAUGAUGACAGGGAACUGACCCUCAAGAAAGCCCUGGCCACUGCUAAGAAACUUAAAUUCCAGCUGAAUCAAGCAAAUACAAAACUGGAAGAAACAAAAUCUCAGGUGGAAGAACAGAAGAAGGCAAAAGCAAUGGCAGAGGAAGAAGUUGUCAAGUCUGAGGUACAGAGAGCAAAAGAAGAAUCUGAUGCUAAACAUGAUGAACAGAUGCAAGAACUUCAGAACCAGGUGCAGACUUACACAGAGUACACUCAGCAGCUUCAGCAGCAAGUUCAGACUCUCACAGAAAGCACCCACCAUUUAGAACAGCAGCUGAAGCAAAAGCAAGGCGAGAUGGAUGAACUGGAAGGGUCAAGGAAUAAUAUGGCAUCUGAGUCGCAGGAACUGAAGGCUGCUUAUGAGAAGCUUCAAGAAGAGCUGAACAGACUGCAGGAAGAAAGUAAUGGUUCUGUGCAAGAGAAGGACAUUGAGGUGCACAGAAUGGGUGAGACCAUGAAGGAACUUGAAGGAGCUGUUGACUUCCACAAACAGACUGUAUCUGAGAAGGAAGAUGUAAUAAUGAAGCUAAUGAUUGAAAAAGAGGGAUUCUUAAAAGAUAGACUCAUUCUCGAAGAGAAAGAAAUAAAGGUGACCGAGUUGUCCCAUAUUGUCGAAAUACUACAGGAUUCACAUCAGAAGAUAAAUGAGGAAAAAGAUGCCCUGAAAGCUGAAUUGGCCUCAGUCAGUGAGUCUGUUAAGAAUCUUCAAGAAGCUCUGAAAGUUAGAGAGGAAGCCCUUGAAAGGUAUGUGGAAACUCUGGACACAUCUCAACAGGACAUUUCCAGCAAAGAGGAUGAACUGCAGCAGCUGCAGGCCGAUCUGAAGGCAAUGCAGCAGCUGGUAGCCUCAACACAGGAGAGCAAGGGAGAUGAGAACCAGGAGCUUCAACAACGGCAGCUGCAGACAGAACUUGAAGCUGUUCGAUCUCAAGUGGAGGAAUACAAGGCCCAGGUGGACACCUAUAACCAACAGGGAGUUGUCUUACAGGAGGAGAAUUUGAAACUGACAGAAUUACUGAAAUCUGAGGAAGAGAAUGUAGCUAAGUUAACAUCACAGUUGGCUGAAAGCUAUGAACAUGUGGAGAGUCUCAAAACACAGGUCAUAUCAGCGGAUCCGGAAUUAGAUUCAAGUGAAUCCAAGAUGUCAUUAAGUGAUUGUCAGAGACUUCUUGAAGAAAAAGAGAAUGAACUUGAACGAGUGAAAGAAGAAAAUAGUCAUUUGGUUGAGGCAGCAGGUCUCUUACACACUUCUGUUUCCUCAUUAGAGACCCAAUUGCUUGAGCAAAAGCAGGUAGCUGAGAAUCUCAGCUCAUCAAGAGAAACUUCCACUGAAAGUGUGCCUAAGGAAUUGGAAGGGUAUGAAGACCAGAUCAAGGAACUGAGUACUCGGAUAGCAGUUCUUAGAGAAGAGAAUCAGAAGCUGAUAGAAGCAAGGGAAGUAACUGAUGAAAGUUUAAGCGCAGAGAGCCUCAAACUCCAACUUGACAAUGCACUUUCUGAAAAACAAGCCAUUGAAACUGAUAGAGACAAUUUAAAAGCUGAAUUUGACUCACAAGUCCAGCUUUCGGAGAAGAUCCAUCAGCUCAUUUCUGAGAAGCAGUCCACCAUCAAUGACCUACAGAAUGCCCAUGACUCACUGCAUGCCAGACUGACUGAGGUCACUCAGGAGAAGGAAGAGCUGCUGAUAGAGGUUGAAUCUCUUCAAGGGGAGUGUGAAGGAUUUGAGAGAAGUAUUGCUGAAGCUCAAUUUGGGGAAUCAGAGACCAGAAAUGAAUAUAACAAACUGAAAGUAGAAUGUGAUCAGAUGUUUAGUGAAAAUAAGACACUUUAUCAGCAGGUGCAGGAGCUAAUUUCAGAAAAAGAAAGUCUGAAACAUCAACUAGAACAUAUUCCGGUCAAGUCUGUUUCUGAUGUUGUGGAAGUGGCAGAGAGGGUGACCUGUGUUGAAGCUCCAAUGUUGCAACAAGAGACACUGAGACAAACAUCAGCUCCUGAUCAGGAGCAGUUGAACAGAGCCUCCACUGAGGCAGAGGAAAAAUAUAAGAUACUUCAAACUGAACAUGAGAAGAUGAAGAACAGAUUACAGGUAGCUGAAGUGAAAUGUGAGAAAAUGCUAGUGAAGUUAAAAGCAUUCAAAAUCAAGAAUGAAGAACUGCAAAAAGACAUGGAUAAAUUGCAAAGUGAGCUGGCCAGCCAAGAUGGUAGUUUGAGAGACCAGGAAAAUAGAUUUGCUGAGGAGAGGAAACAUCUUCGGGACCAGAUGCAGCAUCUUCAGGACAAACUAAUCGAUAUGGAAAAUGACAACAGGAGAAUGUAUCAUGACAACUCAUCUAUGCAAAGUUCUCUCAUCGAACUUCAGUCAGAAAAAGAGAGGCUAAAAUCUGAACUUGACUCUGAGCAACAGCAGAGUUCUGAAAAGCAGGAUGCUAUUAAAGAACAGUAUGAACUUCAGUUUGGUGAGGUUGUAAGGGCAAGGGAUGAGGAGGCUCAGAAAGUUGCUAAGCUUCAAGAAGAACUUGCCUCACUGCAAAAUCUCUCCUCCACAGAAGAUGAUUCCAACAAACUUGAGACAGUGAAUAUGGAGAUUGACAGUCUUAGGACUGAGCUACAAGCAUGUCAAGGGAAGGAGGAGGACAUGAGGCAACAUUAUGAAACAAGUCUUUCUCAACUUCAACAAUCAAAUGACUCACAAUCUCAAAGGGUUGUUUAUUUGCAAGAUGAAUUGACAAAAGUGCAGACUACAUUAGCACAUGUACAAGAAGAAUCCAGUUUAAACAUGGCCCAGCUUCAAGAGGAGGUGAAUCGUCUAAAAGUUGAUCUAUCAGUUGCAGAAGAUUUUGAAAAAAACAACUCUGUGAGGUAUAAGGAAAGCAUCCAGAGCUUACAAACUGAACUCAUGAAAGAAACUGAGACACGACAGCGAUCUGUAUCAGACUCAGAUUCUCAAGAACAAGAACUGUUCAGCUUGAGAAAUAAAUUGCAGGAUCUUCAGUCACACUAUGACAUGUUACUUGCAGACAAUAAUGAGUUCCAAGCCUUGGUGGAGACUUUAAAAGAUGGCAACAAGACGCUGAGGAAGGAAGUGGAGGAGGUGAAGUUUGUGAUGAGUAGGAAGGAAGAGGAGGUCAAGACAUCAAGUGGCCAAAGUGAGGAGUUGAAGACCCUGCACAAGAAAGUAGCCGAGUUGGAAUCAGAGAAGGAACAUCUUGAGGAGGAGGUUGAGGGUAUGAGAGAUGAGUUUGUGGAUUCUAGGAGAGAAAAACAGAUCCUCAGUCAGAGAGUUGAGGACAUGAGCAGACAAAUGAACUCCUUGGGAGAACUGCAGAAGAAGGUUGUGGAUCUUGAAGCUGAGCGGGAUCAGGUUGUGGAGGACAUUGAGCAUAUGAGAGCCGAAAUGACAACCAGCAAGAAAGAGAGACAAGAUUCCAAGGAUGAAGUGGAUGCACUGAACUGGAAGAUACAGGAGCUCAGUGCUCUUGAGAAUGAGCUUGAGGUGAACAACAUGGAACUUGUUAAGUUGAGAACUGAGAAUCAGAACCUCAGGGAUGAGAUUGAUGGGUUGAACUGGAAGCUGGAAGAGGCAUCAGCGUUCGAGGAGGAUCUUCAGUUGACCAGAGAUGAACUGACUGAAUCACAGAAACAAUUUUCAAGGAUACAAUAUGAGUUGAAGACUUCACAGGAUGAGUUGAAGGCUUCACAGGAUGAAUUGAAGGCUUCACAGGAUGAAUGUGAGCGAUUGUCUGUGGACAAGGAGAUGAUACAGUCUGAGGUCAAUUCAUUGUCUCUGAAACUCCAAGAGAUGGAAUCACUGGAGUCGGAACUUAGGAUGUCCCAGACAGAUCUUGAAGAUAUGGACAGAGACAGUAAGAGUCUGAAGGAAGAAAUUAAUCAGCAGAAUCGAAAGAUUCAAGCCCUGAUGCACAUUGAGCAGGAUGUGAAGGAAAUUUCGGAUGAAUUAAAUGUUGCUCAGACAGAAAAUGUUUCCCUGAAGAGGCAAAUUGGAGACAUGAACAACAGACUCAGUACAAUGGCCUCAGUUGAAUCUGACUUCUCCUCACUCAGUGAACAAUACAAUGCUGUGUUAGGAGACAACAGCGAUAUGGCGAAGCAGAUUGAAGAACUUCAUGAUAAAAUACGGGAAAUGGGCAGCAUGAAGCAGGAAAUCAGCUUCAACGUGGAACAGAGGGAACAUCUUACAAGAGAAAAGGAAACAUUCCAGAGGAGGGUCGACGAGCUAGAAGAUCAGUCAUUCGUACAGUCUGAUGAAAACAAUAAACUCAAGCAGGACCUUGAUGAGACAAAGAGCAGCCUUCAGCAGGCAGUGUUUGACAUCAACACGCUUCGGUCUCAGUUGGAGGUGGCAACGGCCGGGGGCAACCAACUGAGCAAGUUCCAGGUGGAGUAUGAGAAGCUUCAGCAGCAGUUCUCCCAGGCCAUCGAGCAGAAGAACCAGGUGCAAGUGGACCUCAACCAGGCCCUGCACAGCCUGCAGCAGAGGGAGUCCCGGUGCCAGCAGUUGGCCAUGCAGGUGAGCCAGCUGGCGGAGGACCGGGGGUACCUGAACACACAGCUGGGGCAGCUGUCCAAGUCCCUGCGGGAGAAGGAGCAGGAGUGGCUGGCCAUGCAGCAGCAGUACCGCUCUCUCUACCAGACUCACAUCAACACGCAGACAAAGGUGGCUGACUUAGAGAAAAAGGCAGUCAAUGAGGCCUUGCAGAGAGCAGCAGUUGCCCAGACAACUACAGCAGCAUCAGUUACAUCAACAACAGCAGCAACAGCAGCAACAGCAGCUCCUCAUCAAGCUGCUGACCCAGCUCAAGUGGAGGAACUCAGGAAGAGGUUACAAGCAUCGGAGAAGUCCCGUCGGGUGGCUGAGGAGUCUGUUGAGAAGCUUGAGCAGGGUCUGGCCGCAGAAAAAGGGCGGAGCGCACAGAUCGAGAAGACCCUGACAGAGCUGCAGGAACACCUGCAGAUACAGGCCAACACGAAGGAGGUCCAUCUCCAGAUGGAGGAGGAGGGGGACUCCAGGAUCAGGGAGGUCAACACGAUGCUGACUCGUCAUGGAAUGGGCUACUGUCAGAGAAUGUGCAGAUGGGCCAGAAUGAAGAACCGUCAGCUGACCAAGGUGAUGAGGAUGCGCCCGGGGAUACGGACUGUCAUCUGGGCCUACUUCAUCCUGCUGCACAUCCUCCUGGUAUCCUGCUUCACAGGAUUUUUAUGAGAGACCAGUAUUCCAAGAGACAGUUUAAGCUUUACAGGAUAUGAAAGACCACUGGGGACAUAUGUAUUCCGAGAGAAGUUUCAAGCUAUACAGGAUAUGAAAGACCAGUGGGGACAUAUGUAUUCCGAGAGACGUUUCAAGCUAUACAGGAUAUGAAAGACCAGUGGGGACAUAUCUAUUCCGAGAAAUGUGUCAAAUUUAGAGGAUAUGAGAGUCUAGUUGGGACAGAUUUUGUGCAAGUUUUCGUGGAGAUAUUGUGAAGCCGGUGUCUUGCUUUGUGAAGAUGGUAUGGGGAUAUCGACAUUAUCAGCUAGACCUGAAAUGUAUGGGUGACCAAAAUGGACAUCUACAUUAUCAGCCAUGUGGCUUUGCUGCAAACUGUAUGUGAUGAUAGUUGAGACAAUAGUGUCAUACUUGCAUCAACUUGUAUGGAAGGCCAACUCAACAUUCCCACAGUGUGCGCCGUCCUGCCGUCCUGGACUUGUAGGAGACCCCAGGGACAUUGCUAAUGGUGGUCAAUUCAAGAAAUCUUAUCGUGGGAUGGACCCCAUGCUGAUACAUGUACAGGACAAUAUUCUCGGUUUUGUUGAAGAAACUGAGGUGAUUUUGUGAUAUUUUGUGGAAUGUGUGGUCAACAGUGUUGCCGAACCAUCUCUACUUUCAUAAUGAUCACACCUGCGCAUUGGGAGUUAGCACUGUGGAUGUAUAAUGUGAUCUAUGGCUGACUGUUUGGGUCAUAAUAGGAUACGAUUUAAUGUCACGAGGGAUCAUACUGAAUGCAUGUUUGGAAAUAUUAAAGUGUGUGUCUGAAGCAUAGGAAGGUCAUGGGUUUGCUUCAUUGAUUAACAUGUAAAUAUGAAGUUUCAUGCAUUUGACAAAAUAAAUGGUAACACUGUCCAUUAAGUACAUACAUUUUGAUACACAUUGUCAGGGGACAUACUGUGGGUUUUGAUAUUUACCCUUUACACAAUUCAUCCACCAAACUGGCUCUCAUAUAAAAUGAUGUAAACUACACAGUUGGUACACAUUCCAUUGUGUUCAACAGACAAGGUGGGAGGAUAUGAAUAUCUAUCUGUACAGUGGUGCUUUGGUGUGCGUGUAAAUAUGUAGAUAGGUCGGUUGUAUUGAGGUGUGUGAGGGAAUGUUUCUUGUUUUACUUCACAUCCGCUGCCACAAAUCCCCACCUUCCAUUUGUCUCUUUUCACUCACAGAAAACACAUAGAAAUCUAAGCCACAAAGGUUCGUACCACUGCCAUUGUCUGAACUCUAUUGGGUAACAGAUGACCGUUUUGUGGAUCGGGCCCGACAUGUCUCCCAAUUUUGGUUUUCAUGUCCCAAUCAGCUGAUAAUCCAUUUUUGUAUUUUUUUCCUGGCACCCACACAUGGUAACAUCUGUUAUUGUCUUAUCAAUUCCACUGUUAUUACAUACUCUGUGUCAGACUUUAUAUUCCCCACCUGACACUAAUCUUACUUUGUAAUCAGUACUUUUAUUCCACACAAUGGGACAAAGAUGUGUCAUAUUUUUACAUAUUUACCACAUCUGGCUAGUGUGUCCUGUCAAUUUCCUCUUCCAUGCAAUAUAUUCUGCUUAUGAAUUUAUAAACCGGUACACGGUCUGGGACGUGUGUCGUGAAGAGGGAUAAAUGACACAAAUCCGCCAUGUAUCUGUUAGUCAUACAAAUCUUGCCUGUGAUUCUGCUUUUAUGAAUGACAUUGGUCGCAGAUGUUGGGGUUAUUUAUUUUGUCUGCUUAGGUCAUUUUUAGUUAAUAUUUUGCUUAUGGCAUUCCAUUUUUAUGUUUUAUUUUCCUUUCUAGCUUCCUGUUUGUUUUUUUGUUGGAAAUUUUGUGUUCAUGUUUAAGACCAAUGCUGGGUAUGCUUCCCCAGAAAUAUUGCCGUAAGUUUUACUUUGCACUAGUUUUCAAGCUCACUCUUUUUUUUGCAUGGUGUUAAGUUGCUAUUGGUAGCAUUGGUGUAUUUCUUCUCAAGGCAUAUCAAAAUAACAGUCUGUUUGAAUGCAUCCCAUAAAAUGUCUUUCAAUAAAAGUAUUUUCAAAGUUGUACAUAGUAUAUGCUCUGUAGGAGAAUUAUUUAAGGUACAUUGUACAUAACGCUGUGGAAAAUGAAGUAAUAUAUCAUGGCUGGGGAUUAUUGUGUACUUAAUCCAAAAAUUAAAGUAUAUAAAUGAA